AUGGAGCUUAAUCAGUAUACCUCGGAUAUAAAAUCUGAAGGACAAGUCAACAGAAGGGCACGCCGGCAGGCAGGUGUCAAUGAUACGGCUGACAUCACAGAAAAUCAGCUGCCAAGUUGGAGCGGAGGCUUCACAGAAGAAAGUGCUAGACAACUAUGCGAGAGUAGUUUGAAUGCAAGCAAGCUUUGGGAUAUUUGUGAUUUUGCCAUUGAUACUUUACCUAUAGUUGAACAGUGUAUAACAGCAAUAUUGUUUAGUGAUACAGACAUUUACGUUUAUGAAUCCGUUGAACUGUUUAAAUUGGAAUGCAAACUUGCCGUUCAAUCUGAUCCGUCUAUUGCAUCUGAUUUAGGGUAUUCGUCACAUUUCUCUUUGGUGAACUAUCUGUUGUCAUUAACUUGCCCAAUGGAUUGCAGUAACCAAGGAACAUGUUCAAAUGACGUCUGCACCUGCACAUCUGGGUUUUAUGGUAGCGAUUGUUCCAAAUCCAUUACUAUUAUCCCGAUUUUAACUACAAUAUCCGAAGAAGUGUAUUCUGUACAAAGCAUAAACUCUAGCUUUUCUCGAGAUGUCACUUUGUAUGGCGAGAAUUUCAUGAACACUGGAAGUUUAAGCUGUCACUUAGAACGGCUUGAGCUGAUUGAUAACACAUUUUAUAGCACUAAUAUCACUUUGAUAUCCGCUGCUACAUUUCUCACUGCUGGAAGCGUGGUCUGUUCAGUUCCUGCAUCAACGCCGUUUACCGGUUACACAAUAUCAGUGAGCAACAAUGGAGUCGACGCGUCUUCUUCGUUGGUUUACAUUGUUCAGGACACUAUUUGUUUUGAGUGCGACCCGAGCCGAAACAUCUGCCUUCUCAACGUAAGGCGUUAUAUUUAA